CGGUACCUGGCACAGCAGAGCGCGUGCGGCGGCAGAGGAGGACGCAGACGCACGGGAGAGCGCCGGCUCCUUUUCCAACUUUACUUUCCCAGGUUAUUAAAAACUUCCUACGUGGCAUUCCUCUUUGUUUGUCAUCCUCCGUGCGGACGGAGUGAGUUUGGAUAUCGGCAGGGGGGUGAGGAGGCACGAGGACCGGCGGGCUGCUGUCGGAUGGAGCGCCGGGGCUCCGGGAGCUCGGGGCGCGCGGCGGACCUGGAGUGAGUGGCGCUGGUGGAUGGACGCUGCUCCCCGGUUCCGGCUGUCCACUGCACGGCCAUGACGGGCACCCAGGAGCCAGACCUGCGUGAGCAGCACAGAGGACCAACGCAGGGGGAAGGGAAUGAGAAGGAGGAGGGGGAGAAGGUGCAUGUGUCCGUGGAGGGAGAGGACAGGGAGCAGGAGGGCGAGGAAGAGGAGGAGGAAGAGGAGAAGGAGGAGCUGCCGUACCCCGAUCUUGCACCAGUGGUCCUUUUGGCUCUGACCCAAACCAGCCCGCCCCGCUCCUGGUGCCUCCGAGCCGUCUGCCACCCAUGGUUUGAGCGUGUGAGCAUUUUGGCCAUCCUGCUGAACUGUGUGACUCUCGGGAUGUUCCAGCCUUGUGGCCACACCCCCUACUUCCUGCAGGCUCUGGAUGAUGGGAUCUUUGCGUUUUUCGCCGGGGAGAUGGUGAUGAAGAUGGUCGCUCUCGGGAUCAUAGGUCAAAGCGGUUACCUAGGCGACACAUGGAACAGACUGGACUUCUUCAUCGUUCUUGUGGGAAUGCUGGAGUAUUCCCUCGACGGACACAAUGUCAGCCUAUCAGCCAUCAGGACGGUCCGGGUCCUCCGCCCUCUGCGAGCCAUCAACAGAGUUCCCAGCAUGCGUAUCCUGGUGACGCUCCUCCUCGACACACUUCCCAUGCUGGGCAACGUGCUGGCGCUCUGCUUCUUUGUCUUCUUCAUCUUCGGCAUCGUCGGCGUGCAGCUGUGGGCGGGGCUCCUGAGGAACCGCUGCUUCAUGGGAGAGGAUGUCAAGAUGAGAUAUAACGUUUCCUUCCUGAGCGGCUACUACCGGCCGGACGGCACCGACGACCACCCCUUCAUCUGCUCCACAGAUCGAGAUAACGGGAUGCUCCGCUGCUCCGACGUUCCUCGCCGCCGCGUCGGCAGGUCUUUCUGCUUCCUGGGUCCCGGGGAGGCCCAGUCCGAGAUGGGACUGAUGGACAGAGAAGAGGAACAAGGCACAUGCGUGAACUGGUAUCGGUAUUACAACGAGUGUCGCGCCGGGGAAGUAAACCCACACAAAGGGGCCAUUAACUUUGAUAAUAUUGGAUACGCAUGGAUUGCCAUUUUUCAGGUAAUUACUCUAGAAGGUUGGGUGGACAUCAUGUACUAUGUCAUGGAUGCACAUUCCUUCUACAACUUCAUCUACUUCAUCUUCCUCAUUAUAGUGGGCUCCUUCUUCAUGAUCAACCUGUGCCUGGUUGUCAUCGCAACCCAGUUUUCCGAAACCAAGCAGAGAGAACACGCGCUAAUGAAGUCGGAGCAGAACGCCCGGCAGCUCCACCAAUCGGCUUCCACACUGGCCAGCUACAGCCAACCAGGAAGCUGCUACGAGGAGAUCAUCCGCUACCUGGCGCACCUCGGCCGUAAGGCCAUGCGACGGCUCUCUCGCUUCUGCGCUCAGACACGCCCACGCUUUCAUUGCGUGUGUAUGUGCCAGAGGGACCGCGGCGUGGCGUCUGCCAGAGGAGCCGGGGAGAUGAACGGCCUCGCCCACCGGCACUCAGGCCACGCCCCCAAUGACCUGUCCCACCUGCAUCAGGUUUACCAUCGCCACCAGCAUCAUCAUCACCAGAAUCACCAGCCUCAGCCGGAGCCUGCAGUCAGUAACGGAGGGAGUGGAUUUAAUUACCCCUUCAUAUCGCCCCUCCUGAGCAGCCAGGAGAAGAAAGCCCGGGAACAGAGUAGGCUGACGGCCCCGGAGAACGUCCACAGGCUGCCUCAGCUGGUGCUGGAGCACGGUGGGUGCUCUGGGCAUCCUGCAUUAACGCUGCCAGGCGAAGUCCCGGGGGAUUCCUCGGCGUGUCCCUACUGCAUCUACUCCAAUCCUCUCGGUGACGGUGAACAAGUUAACGAGCAGACCCAGGACCAGCAGCUCGGGCACGGCGGCUCGUGCCCUGGCAACAGCCCGUGUCAAAGUGACAGCCCGUGCCAGUGUAGCACCCCCCGCCGCGCUGAUGUACAGGUGCUGGAGCCAAAGAGGAGGCUGCUGGAGCGCUGCUGGGCGGGCUUCAGGAACAAACUGGAAACCAUUGUUGCCAGCAGAUACUUCAACAGGGGGAUCAUGAUUGCCAUCCUCAUUAACACGCUGUCGAUGGGCAUAGAGUACCACGAGCAGCCGCAGGAGCUCACGGAUAUCCUGGAGAUCAGUAACAUGGUGUUCACCAGCCUCUUCAGUCUGGAGAUGCUGCUGAAGCUCAUGGCUCUCGGCCUCUUCGGCUACGUGAAGAACCCGUACAACGGCUUCGACAGCGUCAUCGUCAUCAUCAGUGUGUGGGAGAUUGUGGGGGAGGCGGAGGGAGGCUUAUCGGUGCUGCGUACCUUCCGCCUGCUGAGAGUCCUGAAGCUGGUCCGGUUCCUUCCGGCCCUGAGGAGGCAGCUGGUGGUGCUGAUGAAGACCAUGGACAACGUGGCCACCUUCUGCAUGCUGCUGAUGCUCUUCAUAUUCAUAUUCAGUAUCUUAGGGAUGCAUCUGUUUGGCUGUAAGUUCGGUUUGCAGCAGGACAGUGGAGACACUUUACCGGACAGAAAGAACUUCGACUCUCUGCUCUGGGCGACUGUCACCGUGUUUCAGAUCCUCACCCAGGAGGACUGGAACGCCGUGCUCUAUAAUGGGAUGGCCUCCACCACGCCGCUGGCCGCCCUCUACUUUGUCGCCCUCAUGACCUUUGGCAACUACGUCCUCUUCAACUUGCUCGUGGCCAUAUUGGUCGAGGGCUUUCAGGCCGAGGGUGAUGCCAACAGAUCGGAGGCAGAUGACGAGAGACAGUCGCUCUCGUUUGAGGACGAGGAGAAGUUGAGAGAGUUAUACGCUGCAGAGCUCAAGAUCCAGGCCAUGAUGCUGAGCCCCAACGGUCUCCUGAACCCAAAGGCCUCCAUGCCCCACCUCACUGCUCCAUCUCUGCCCGUCAUCACGCACACAGCGGCCACGCCCACCAUAAAUAACGGCCAAUCGCGGCGGGCGAGCAUGACCUCCAUGGAUAUCUACAACCCGGAGCAAAGAUCACCGACUAUGUGGGACAGCGGGCCGGAGAGCCGUCGCUCCAGCUGGACGAGCAUCAGUCGAGGCCCCAGCCUCCACCGGAGGAGCCAGUCGGGGGAGAUGGAGUCCCUGCUGUCCGACACACACUCCAACUCCAACUUCAGCAGCAGGGAGCAGUCCCUGGACCAGGCCGACUACCUGCAGGUGCCCAUGCUUCACACGCCCGACUGCAACGGCACCACCUUCCGACUCACGGACAACUACGACGACCCCCCCCUGCCUACGCAAUAUCACGGUGAUCAGGAUGAGGACGAGGUUGAAGAGAGUUUAUGCAAGAAGGUGAAGAAGAUCCUGGAGCCAUAUCAGCCUCAGUGGUGCCUGGAGCAUGUAGAGUGGUCCCUCUAUGUGUUUUCUCCACAAAACCGGUUCAGGGUGUGGUGUCAGAAGGUCAUAGGUCACAAGAUGUUCGAUCACGUCGUCCUCCUCUUCAUCUUCCUUAAUUGCAUCACCAUUGCACUGGAGAGACCAGACAUCCAGCCGCACAGCAUGGAGCGGGUGUUCCUCAGUGUGUCCAAUCACAUCUUCACUGUGAUCUUCGUUGGCGAAAUGCUGAUCAAGGUGGUAGCUUUGGGCCUGUACUUUGGAAACGGCGUGUAUCUCCAGAGCAGCUGGAACAUUCUGGACGGGGUGCUGGUGUCUGUGUCCAUGGUGGACGUCCUGGUCUCCAUCGCCUCGUCGGGGGGGAACCGGAUCUUAGGCAUCCUGCGUGUGCUCCGUCUGCUCCGCACCCUGCGACCACUCAGGGUGAUAAGUCGAGCUCCAGGUCUCAAGCUGGUGGUGGAGACUCUCAUCACGUCCCUCAGACCCAUCGGUAACAUCGUCCUCAUCUGCUGUGCUUUUUUCAUCGUCUUUGGAAUAUUAGGAGUCCAGCUGUUCAAGGGGAAGUUCUUCUACUGCGAUGGACUCGACAUCACAAACAUCACCAAUAAGACUCAGUGUCUGAGCGCAGGAUACCGCUGGAUCCGCCGGAAAUACAACUUUGACAACCUGGGACAGGCGCUGAUGUCACUGUUUGUCCUGUCGUGUAAAGACGGCUGGGUCAGCAUCAUGUAUGAUGGCCUGGAUUCUGUCGGAGUGGAUCAGCAGCCAAUAAGAAACAACGACCCGUGGAUGCUGCUCUUCUUCAUCUCGUUCCUCCUCAUCGUCAGCUUCUUUGUGCUCAACAUGUUUGUGGGCGUGGUGGUGGAAAACUUCCACAAGUGUCGCCAGCAGCAGGAGGAGGAGGAGGCGCGGGUGAGGGAGGAGAAGCGACAGAAGCGCCUGGAGAAGAGGAGGAGAAGGGCCCAGGAGAAACCAUAUUACUCCGACUACUCCCCGCUGCGUCGAUCCAUCCACACCGUGUGCACCAGCCACUACCUGGACCUCUUCAUCACCAUCAUCAUCUUCACCAACCUCAUCACCAUGAGCAUGGAACACUACAACCAGCCUAAGUACUUCGAGGAAAUUCUGAAGUACUGCAAUUAUGUCUUCACGGUGGUUUUUGUAAUCGAGACGAUCCUCAAACUCAUCGCCUUCGGCCUGCGGCGCUUUUUCAAAGAGAGAUGGAACCAGCUGGACCUUGCCAUUGUGUUGUUGUCCCUCAUGGGAAUCGCGUUGGAGGAAAUCGACCUGAGUGCUUCCUUGCCCAUUAACCCGACCAUCAUACGCAUCAUGAGAGUCCUGAGGAUAACACGAGUGCUGAAGCUCCUGAAGAUGGCGACAGGGAUGAGGUCCCUGCUGGACACUGUGAUGCAAGCCCUGCCUCAGGUGGGGAAUCUGGGUCUGCUCUUCAUGUUGCUGUUCUUCAUCUAUGCAGCUCUGGGAGUUGAGCUCUUUGGAAAACUGGAGUGUUCCGAGGAGAACCCGUGCGAGGGCCUGAGUCGCCACGCCACCUUCGACAACUUUGGCAUGGCUUUCCUCACGCUCUUCAGGGUGUCCACCGGGGACAACUGGAAUGGGAUUAUGAAGGACACUCUGCGCGAGUGCCGCCCGCAGGACCGCCACUGCCUCACCUACCUGCCCCUGAUCUCCCCCAUUUACUUUGUCACUUUCGUCCUCACGGCCCAGUUCGUGCUGGUCAACGUGGUCGUGGCCGUUCUGAUGAAGCACCUGGAGGAGAGCAACAAGGAGGCGCAGCUGGAGGAGAUGGAGGAGAAGAAGGAGCGGGAGGAGAAGAAGGAGCAGGAGGAGAGGAAGGAGAGGGAGGAGAGGGAGGAGGCCAACCGACGGCUCAGCGCGGUGUCUCUGAGCGGAGCCCCGGGGCCGAACGUGGACGCACCUGCUCAGGUGCAGGUCGAGGAUGAGGAGUGUUCCCAAGGCAACCUGCUGAGCAUGGGACGCAUGAUGUCUCUCCCCAGCGACAGCUACGUGCAGCCACUCAGAUGCUCCCCCCAUCCUCCCGUUGGCCACGAGGUUUACUCCGGCUACAGCUACUCAGGCUCCAUGUCGUCUCUGACCUCCAGCAGCGGCGGCUCCAUGCUGCAGGUUCCAGGAGCUCUGCCCGCCAUCAGCCACGCCACGCUGGGAACCGGCCGCAGCUCGAGGCCGAUGAUCUGCCUCAGCACGGCCCAGAGCACCGAGAGACACUCCCCGCACAGACUCAGUCCGGCCGACAGCACGGAGGGACACAGGCUCAGUCCCGCUCACAGGAUGAACAGACUGAACUCAGCUCACAGUAUAGACGGAUACAGGUUCAGCCCGGCACAUCGGAUAGACAGACACAGACUCAGCUCUGCUCACAGUAUGGACGGAUACAGGCUGAGCCAGGACCAUAACGCAGACCGGCCCAGACUCAUGUCCAGUCACAGUAUAGACAGACACCCGUCCCUCAGACUGAGUCCCACCCACAGCGCCAGCAGACAUCCCUCUCAUUGGCUCAGUCCUGAAGACAGUUUGGACCGAAACAUGCUGAGUCCCUCCUACGUCCCCGACAGUUCAAUCCAGAGGAGACCAGCUUCUUUCCACACCUCCAGCAGACAGCUACGAAGACAGGAGGCCGUGCGCGGUGAUUCUCUGGAUCACGGCUCAGCAGACAAUCUGGCAGAGCCUCACCUUACUGUGCCCACCGUCUCUUCCACGCCACAACGCCAGCGAUCGUCGAGUGUGCACACGUUGAAGUACGCCCACCCCCAGAGGGUCAUCUCGAGCCGCAGCCCCAGCCGGAGCCACGGUGAAACCAACGGACGAGAACAUGCACCUGAGCAGGCCGAUUCGCAGCCUGACGCAGGUGUGGAGCAAAGGCAGCAGAGCUUUUCCAGUCUGAAGGUUUCCGGCGGCGAGUCCACCCCAUCAGCUCCGCUCUGUGGCUCCAGAGGCCCCAGCUUUGGCCCCGGCUCCGGCACGGGGCCACAGGUGGACGACGCUGACGAGGAGGUCAGCCGCAUUAACAGUUCUGGUCACACUGACUCACACACACAACUCCCUCCCAGCUCUUCACACAAAACCAGACACCUCGACCCGAGCCCUGCAGAGCACAGGAGCCAAUCAGUGUCCCCGGUGUUGGGCAGGAAGAGGAAGCAGAGGAUGAGCCCGCCGCCAGGAGAGGAGCCGGUCAGGAUGGCAACCCAGCUGAUGGACAGCAAUGUUGAUCUGAGGAGGCGAACUCUCUCCUUUGACGCCACGAGCCUCUCGCCCAAUCAAGGAGAGGGAAGCUCCGUGGACGACUGAACUCAGCGACCGGUUGAUGGAUUGGUUAUUCUCUUAAAAAUGAAGGAGACACGUGUGCUGCUGGAGCUGGAGCGCACGAGAAGGGCGGGAGUCGCAAUCCAAAACAGGAAGGAUUACUGGUUUCCUGUUUCAGGCCACGCCCCUCGCCUCGUCCCGUCCAAUCACAGGAUAUUCACGGGGUGUUUCAGAUGAACUCAUUCAGACUGUGAUGAUGUAUGAGUGUGUUCAAAGACUUGCAUCCCGUUGUGCUCUUUGCACACUAGAUGCACACAAGGAGACGAUUCCGUUUCUUCCCUCAUAGUCCUAGCUUUAGUUCAGACACAGUAGUCUCUCUCUCCUGCGAUAUUUACCCCAACACUUACUUAACCCUUGCUUGCGCUCCUCCUUCUAACCCCACUCUCAUCCCGAGCCUCGCAUCUCAAGCCUAGGUCAGAGUACAGGACCAGAUCCCAAUAAGGUUACUGCUUAUAGACAUGGAGACAGAAAAGAUAGGGACUUCAAACAAUGAUUAUUUGGAGUAUCGAUUAAAGCUUGGGUUGGUAAUCCUGGAAAAGCUAAGGGAGGCAGGCUACACUUUGAAAAUAUGCAACCGAUACAUCCCAACCUUCUCCUGUCGGGCCCCUCGGCGAAGCUGCGUCUCCAAAACACAUCCACGCUCACGGCCUGGUAACGACCAGAAGUCAUGACUCACUCACAGCGAGAGCGCGAGUGCAGGUUGAUUCUGCCCCGAUGAAAUAAUUGGUUGUGUCUAUUCCAGUCCUCCGAAGGCCACAGACACCAGCUUUUUUAGUUUCUUUUAUUUCUCUGACGAUUUUAUUUAAUGGUGGCUCUUACGACGAACAGAGUAUUUCAACGGAUAAGUUAAAAAUGUUAUUUUUAAACAACUCACCAACCCUUCGUUUAAUCUGCAGAUUAAUUGUUGGACUCUCUAAAAAAAACAUUGUCUUCCAACCCAAGGCGAUUUCUCAUUCAUUAUUAAAAUUAAUGUUGAAUUCAGUUGAAUUAUUAAAAUUCAGGCGGCUACCAUCAGAUCAUCACUUGUGCUGCAUCUACAAUCAGCAUCAAUUAUGCUGCAUAACAUUUUACAGAACAGUUGACUAAGUGUUGAAGUCUCUUUCUUGCUGCGUGGUGCAGAAAUGAAGGUUUCAGUUGACAAAGGAAAAAGGAUUUUUAAAUGAAUAAACUUACAAACAUUAAAGCUUUUUAUAUGAAAUUGCUUAAUUUGUAAUUGCACACUUCUACAAAUCAUUUUAUAAGAUACGUAUUCUUAAAAAACUGAAAAACUAAUUGUACAGUGGAGUUUUUAGCUGUUAAAUAGGACGUCUAUUAUAACUUCUUUUACCUCUUGACCUGCAGUAAACUGCCAGUGGCUGCAGCUCGAUCAUUCUCAGAUCAAAGUCUAAGCAAACCUCAAUAUCUCCUUUAUUUUUCUCAGAUUUUUUCCUCCAUGCUUGAAACCACCCAAAAAUGAUUUGCUGUUCCAGCCUCUAAGCUGAAUUCCUGUAGUGUGACCUAGGCUUUAUUAGUCUCUACCUCGCUUCCUCCCAAUUCCCACCUCUUUGAAUGUUAGUUUUCUCACUUCCCCUCCUUCCACUUUGCUUUUCUCUGUCUUAGUAUUCUCAGGGUAGAGGUAGAUCAGACGCAGGUGAGUGUGAGGCACGCGAUCACAGGCCUGCAGACGUAAGGUCGCCCCCUGCUGUCAGAAGCCAGAGCUGACGUGGGGGCUGGCGGAUGUUCGUGGAGAUAAAGCUGUAUUAAAGGGGGUUGCAAGGUGAAAUGGCGACUGAAGCAGAUGCACUGAAGGGCUUAUUCCGGUGAUAUAACAGUGUGUAAACUCUUUGUAGAAAAAAAGGCUGACACUAUAUUUUAUUAACACGGCGGCGAUGUGAUGAGAGCUUCAAAGGAAACUUCCUACAGUUCUGAAUGUCCUUUUAUCUGCAGGUGCUGGAUUGCGAGGACGGAUGACGUUAGUGUUACAGAAUGAUGAAGAAGCUCGUGAUGACUCUGGAUGAUGCAAAUGUUUAUAAUAUUAUAAAUAUAAAUAUAUAUAUAUAAUGUUCCUGCAGAUUGUUAGAAGCAGGGAAAGGAUGUACAGUGAGCUCACCUGCAGCAACAUGAUUGGACAGUGCUGGAAUAAAACCACUUCCUUUCUGACUUUCA